AUGUCCCGCAACGUCCGCCAAAAAUACCCCUCCACCCUGGCCCGUCCCCCGAACCGCCGCCGCGGCUCCGACUCGUCCUCCUGCUUCGACCUCUCCGACGACGACGGCUACUCGGCCGUCGAGGAAGUGAGCGAUUCCGAAGACGACGACGAGGAAGAUGUCAACGCGGCCGAGGAGGAGAACAUCUUGACCGAGGCCACCGUCGGGCCCGCUCACGCUCCUCGACCGCAGCUCGUCCCCGUUGUCGAUGGCGACGACGACGAGGAUGACGACGACGACGAAGAAGAAGUAGAAGAAGAAGACGACGAAGACGACGACGACGACGGCGACGACGACGACGAAGACGACGACGACCAAGAUGGACAGCACCAGCUCGGAGAUGCCGACGAGAGCACGAGCUGGGCCGGCAUCGUCUCCGAGGUCGAGGCCGUCUCCGACUUGUACCCCGAGCCCAACGCCUUUGCCUCGGACGUGGCCGUCGAGCGCCAUGUCCGCUUCGACGUGCCCUCGAGCGACUCCGACUCGACCGACACGGAAGACGACCACGGCGACCUCUUCCCCGACAUAUUCGUCUCCCAAAACUCCCUGGACCCCUCCUUCCGCCGCGAGAUUGAGCAUGAUCCCGACGAGUCGUCGGGGUCCGGCUCCUUCUGGGACUUCAACGGCCAGUACGACGAGCGUCAAGACUCGGACGCCGAAGAGGUCAUCCGCGAGCUCUUGGACGACGAGACGCCCAGGGCGACGUCCAAGGUCGCCCAGCUCGACCCGACCCCCUUUACGCCGGCGUUUGAGGAAAACCUCGAACUCGACGGCUACGAAAGUGAGCAUCCUCUUCUCUUUUUUGUUUUUGCUUUCGUUUCAUUUUGUCUGGGUUGUUUUGGGCCGGCCGUCGCCCCUGCCGCGUCGUGCCCAAUCGCUUACCUCGUACCUCCAGCCGACGGUGACACCACCGAAGAGGACAUUCCCGAGCCGCCCGUCCGCCGAAAGACGCGCCGGCCGUCCAACCACGUGAGCGAGGACUCGGAUUCCGAUGCCGAGUCGGCCGCCAAGCCGCAGCGCGGCCAGCCGCGCGUCGGCCGCUUCAACCUCGACCGCCGGGACAAGAAGCCCAUCGCCGUGCUGAACCCGCUGACGCGCAAGAUGAUGAUCUUCACCCCCCACCGCCGCCGCCAGCUCGACCUCUCCCCGGAGCAGUUCAACUUCACCUGGGGCCUCGAGGAGCAGUCGUCGCCUCUGCUCAGCAGCUCGGCCAACAUGAUGCUCAGCGCCAUGUUCUCCUCCAACACCUUUGGCGACUUUGUCAACGCCCAGACCAUGGGCCCCGCCGAGGCCUUUUUCCCCUUUCACUCGGACGCCAACACGGCCGACGACGACUCGGCCGCCCCGAGCGUCCGCGGCGACGAGGACGAGGCCGAGAAGAAGCUCGACAUUAGCGACUUCAUCACCUGGGACGGCGAGUCCUCGGCCGACGAGGGCGACGGCAGCUGGGAGCCGGCCUCGACGCCCGUCAGGCCCACGGCGGCCCCGACGACGACGACGACGACGACGACGACGACGACGGAGCGCGAGGUCCUGUCGCACCUCAACUCGGACACGGUCGGCGCCUUUCGCCGCAACCAGAUCAACCAGCAGUUGAUCCUGAGCAGCCAGGCGACGCAGGACUCGCUCGCCUUCAGCGGCCCCUACAACUACACCGCCAUCAAGGGCCUCAAGUCGGACAGGUUCGACACGGCCGGCAUCCCCCUGACGCCCAUGCGCCGCCAGAAGAAGCAGAUGAGCGACGUCGCCCGCAGCCCGCUCGAGUCGGCGUCGGCCAAGCGCAAGGCCUCGACGGACGCCGGCGCCGCAGGCGGCCACAAGAAGCAUCGAAGCAUAUCCGACGUCAACCUGCUGCGCAUAUGA